ACAAAAAACAUUGUAAGGUUAAGAUUCCUUAGAAUAGGCUUCUACAACACCUUGCGAUUCUCUGUCAUAUUCUCACACGCAGGUUUCUCAUUCUGGAUAAUAAACUCUGAGUACAGGGUCUCUGUUGGCGUUAUUAGCUGUUUUAUCCCUACUCAGUGCACGGCCUGGCACACAGUGGGUGCUCUCAAUGGAGAUGAAUGGUUGAAGGGACUAGAUCUGUGUGGGGGGGUCUCACCAGACUGCAGAAGCUGCCCCCAGGAAUAUGUUCCACCGUGCACUUCAUUCUCAGGCCUUGUGGCCCAAGGUGGAAAGAAGGUGAAUUGUGAUGUAUGCGGAACAUGGGACCUUGGCGAAUUCCAUAACCAGGAGGAGGAAGAAGUAACAACAGCCAGUGGAGACAAAAAGAACUGCUGCCCCCUUCUCCCCCCUCCACGUUCCCAGUGGGGAGGUGAGCCCAGCAUCCCAGACUCGCGUGACUAUAUAGGCAAGCAUUUGGAGACUAACUUUACUCUGUUACCCCAGCCCUCGGUGGCUCAAGGUUGGCUUUCUGAGCAGAUAAUAGGCUUCGAAGUAGCACAGUUCCCUGCUCUCAGCAAGCCCAACACCAUGGGGAAGGGAGACACCUCGGAGGUAGCACCACCUACCUCAGCCUACCGCUCCGUCAUGGAGGACUAUGGUUACGAGGUGGGCAAGGUCAUUGGCAAUGGCUCCUACGGGACGGUGUAUGAGGCUUACUACACAAAGCAGAAGGUCAUGGUGGCUGUCAAGAUCAUCUCAAAGAAGAAGGCCUCUGAGGACUAUCUUAACAAGUUCCUGCCCCGUGAGAUACAGGUCAUGAAGGUCCUGCGGCACAAGUACCUCAUCAACUUCUACCAGGCCAUCGAAACCACAUCCCGAGUAUACAUCAUUCUGGAGCUGGCUCAGGGCGGUGAUGUCCUCGAGUGGAUCCAGCGAUACGGGGCUUGCUCUGAGCCCCUUGCUGGCAAGUGGUUCUCCCAGAUGACCCUGGGCAUCGCCUACCUGCACAGCAAGGGCAUCGUGCACCGCCUGACCCCCAGCCUUUCUGCUGCUGGUAGGGACUUAAAGUUGGAGAACCUGUUGCUGGACAAGCGGGAGAAUGUGAAGAUAUCGGACUUUGGCUUCGCCAAGAUGGUGCCUUCUAACCAGACAGUGCACAGUAGCCCUUCUUACCGCCAAAUGAACUGCUUUACAAACCACCUCAGCCAGACCUACUGUGGCAGCUUUGCUUAUGCGUGCCCGGAGAUCUUGCUGGGCUUGCCCUACAACCCUUUCCUGUCUGACACCUGGAGCAUGGGCGUCAUCCUCUACACUCUAGUGGUCGCCCGGCUGCCCUUUGAUGACACCAAUCUCAAGAAGCUGCUGAAAGAGACUCAAAAGGAGGUCACUUUUCCACCUAACUACUCCAUCUCCCAGGAGUGCAAGAACCUGGUCCUCCAGACGCUACGCCAAGCCACCAAGCGUGCCACCAUCCUGGACAUCAUCAAGGAUCCUUGGGUGCUCAAGUUCCAGCCUGAGCAACCCACCCAGGAGAUCAGGCUGCUUGAGGCCAUGUGCCAACCCCCCAGCACCACUAAUCGGCACCAAUCCUUGGAAAUCAAUACCUAAAAAUGGUUGAAGGAAGGGGUUGGGAGAGGAGCAAAGCAGGAGGGUCUGGGGCUAAAAAUCCUUUAUACCAAAAAUAAAUCUAUUUCUGAUUUAGUUUCA